AUGAAAGAAAAUAACGAUCACAUCCAGGCUAUGGACGUUUCAGACGCGCAGACGCUCCGCGACCAUGAUGCCGACCGGCAGACUCGCGAAGUCUAUCGGUAUUUUCAACCAGCGAAUCCGGCGGCACUGAACGCAUCAUGGCUCCCCUGUGGGAAUGAUGCGGCAUCUAUACCAGACCUGUCGACGUCGAACACCUUCGCUGUCCGCGACAGUUCCGUCACCGCUGAAGCCAGCGGGUUCUCUAGCCCGAACACGACUUUGACGUCAUUUGCACAACUUGCAGCCCUACGUCUGAACGCGCAGCGUGCCUUUAUUACAAUAUUAAAUCGAGAUUUCCAGUUCAUUUUGGCUGAAGCCACCACAGAUACUAACAUUGGAGGCUCAAACUUGGCAUCGGGGAAAGGGGAUCAACUGUUCGCAGGAACAUCCACAUUGAGAAACAGCUCAAGCUGGAACAUAUGUCGGGAGACAGUUGAAAUUCCUUCGGAUAAGCAAGAUAUUGAACAAGAUGUACAAAAUCGCUUUUUGAUCAUCAACGAUCUUUUGCAGCACGAUCGCUUCAGACAAUUGCCCUUCGUAAAAGAAGAGCCCCACUCCCGCUUUUAUGCCGGAACGCCUCUGACCACCGACGAUAAUAUCAAUAUAGGUUGCUUUUUUGUGCUAGACUCCACGCCCCGGGAAGGUUUGUCUGAAAUUGAAAAGGAUGCAUUGGGUACAGCGGCAGCAAUGGUCAUGAACUACUUACAGGUCAGCCGUCAAGCCAUAGAAGGGCGCCGCGCUUCGCGACUGUCAAAGGGCCUCCGUCUUUUCGUCGACGGCAACUCCAGUUUCCCCGACAGUUCUCACAGGUCGGGGUCGAUCAGUUCCAGUUCCAGUCAAGCCUCUCGGGCAUCUCCAUCCCGUCGCACGAGCCCAUGCACAAUCUCUCGCAAGAGUGAUUUCAAAUCUUACUUAUCACAUGCCGAGGACAUGGAUGGGCGGCUUCAAGAUGUCGAUACACGCUCUUUAAGCCCAUCUUCAGAUGAGUGGACACACAAGGAGAUCUCUACUGCCGCGACGUCAUUGCCAGACUUGCCUCCAGGUGACAAUUCCUCUGUUUCCUCAACAAGUAACGAUUGGAUCUUCCAGCGGGCCGCGAACCUCUUAAGACAAAGCCUGGACCUGAACGGUGCAGGUGGUGUGAUGUUCUCAAAGAUCAGUGACUGUUCACCAGACCAUGUGGUGGGCAAUCGUCAGAACCCUGCUGAAUCUAACUUUCCUGCGCCUAUUCUCGCAAUGUCUACUAGAGGAGAUCCAUUGUUUUAUCGAACAAUGUCGAAGGAGUCAUUGCCGGCAGCCAGUCUGGACAACGCGUUUAUAGCCCAAUUGACUCGUCGUUACCCAAGAGGGAGGCUUUGGUCAUUUCACAGUGAUGGCACUUUGAGCACCUCGGACGAGGAACAAUCGAUCAGCGCGUCUCGCAAACAGCGGAAUAGGUCUAGAGCCUCAGAAACUAGCAAACUGAACAAGUUCUUCCCUGAUGCUUGUCAGGUCAUGUUUGUCCCGCUAUGGAACGCCACAAAAUCCCAAUGGUUUGCCGGUUGUUUCUGCUGGACUCCUCAGCCAACUCGAAUUUUCAGUCGCGCUGUUGAUCUGAGCUCGACUUUUGGUUUCGCUUCUUCUCUCAUGACAGAGUACAGUCGUGUCGAAUCAGUCAUUGCGGACCGCCAGAAGGGUGAUUUUAUCAGUAGCAUCUCCCACGAACUGCGCAGCCCACUACAUGGAGUCUUAGCUGCUGCCGAGCUAUUGGAAGAUACCGAUCUAAAUGAAUUCCAAGACUCCCUUAUCGAGACGGUCAAUGCAUGCGGUCGAACGCUCUUGGAUACGAUGAAUCAAGUCUUGGAUUUCAGCAAAAUCAUGUCAUUGGAGAGGCGGAAGCGGAGAUCUGGUCGGAGAAGAGAUCCAUUGAGACGAAGACAAACAGAGGAACCCCUAGCGCGCAUGGAUCCGUUCGUGUCGACAGAUCUUGCCACGUUGACAGAAGAUGUUGUCGAUAGUGCGUGUCUGGGCCAUUUUCAUCUACAACGGCCAUCAACGUCAAGAAACCAUUCGCCAACUUUGCAUUCCAAACCGGCAGAAGAAGAUGACGAAGCAGAACCUGAUUCAGAAGUGGAAGUCAUCGUCAAGAUUGGCAACGGUGACUGGCUCUACAAACUUCAGCCAGGAUCACUCCGACGCUUGAUUAUGAAUCUUUUAGGUAAUUCCCUGAAGUAUACCAAGAAAGGCCUGGUGACUGUCAGUCUUGAGGCUGCUCAGCGGCCUCGGAGUCACUCCCAACAUCAAGAGCUCCAAGAUCUAGUCACUUUGAUAGUCUCAGACACAGGUAGAGGCAUAUCCAGUGAAUACCUUCGAACACGCUUGUACACUCCAUUUGCACAGGAGGAUACCCUAUCGGUAGGUACCGGUCUUGGUCUGUCAAUCGUUCGCGGUAUUGUGGAAACGCUCAAAGGGACCAUCAACAUCCAAAGCCAAGUGGGGCAAGGCACGACUGUGAAGGUGACAUUUCCCCUUGCACGUCCAGGAAAAGAGAAGAGCCCGCGACCCACACUUGACAGGGAAAGUCUUGUUCCGACGAAACCUACCAUGUCCGGUCCGACUCGUCAUGUAGGACUGACUGGGAAGCGGGCUGCAAUUUGGGGAGUUGACUUCACCCUUCUAAGCCAUGAUCAGUUCUGGUGUUCGAUCGUCCACUACCUCACAGACUGGUAUGGUCUAGAGAUUGUGCCGUGGUCAGCCGAUGAGAAUGUCGAUAUCUUGUUUGCUGACGAACGCGACUUGUCUGAAGGAAAUUUGAAGCAGUUUCCCAUCCAGUCACCACGUCUGCUCCUCUUUAGUAACGAGGUUGGCAACUCUGGUGAUUCUAGGGCAAGAUGGACUCAUCUCGCUAAGUCUCUGAUGGUUCUGCGUCGACCUUGCGGUCCACGAAGACUCGCGAGAGGGAUCCUCAAUUGUCUCAAUUCAACGCCCGCUCCAACCCCACCACGCCCAUGCAGUAUUGAAAAAGAAUUUGAGGUGACAGAGCGACCAAAAGCUUCAAGCACGUCUCAAUUCUCCAAAGAACCUUCUCUCUCAUCAUCUGAGCAUUUGAGUCCAUCGACCUCUAUAUCAGUCAACGCCAGAUCAGUCCCAUGUACUUGUGGAAGAUAUCCCAUCAGUCGUGACGAUACUGUACGCCUUCCGGAUGCAGAGUUUUCCGGUCACGCUAUGUCUCGCAAUGCCCCUCUGAAAGGUCAUAUGCCCUCGGCUACGCUCUCAUCUUCUGGCGACCCAGCUGCUAUGGAACCUUCACCUGCAGGCGAAGACAAACCCCGGGUGUUGCUGGUAGAUGACAACGAGAUCAACCUUCGCCUUCUACUAACCUUCAUGAAGCACCAGAAGGUCAAGGUGGUGGACACGGCCGACGAUGGCAGAGUAGCGGUUGAUGCCGUUGAGCGAAACUUGCAGGGAUACGACUUAAUUUUCAUGGACAUAUCAAUGCCUAUCAUGGAUGGAAUAGAAGCAACUCGCGCCAUCCGCGCGCUAGAAAAAGAACGUGAGGGCUGCGUUCCCGCGAAAAUUGUCGCGUUCACGGGACUCAGCAGCUUGCGCGACGAAACCAACGCGCUGGAAGCAGGAGUGAAUUUGUUCCUGACGAAGCCUGUUUCGUUCAAGGAAGUAUCGCGGCUGAUCACUGAGUGGGAAAUUAUAUCAUCGACCUGA